GUCAUCAUCUGUUGUUAAACAAACGGAACACGGGUGAGCCGAAAGAACGGAAUGUUUUGUUGAAAUCUCCUGACCAUGGAGGUACCAUCCCCAGUGGAGGGCUGUGCUGAAGCCCAGGCAGCACCCACACCCACAAAGCAGACCAAGAAGCCAAAUCAAGCCCUGUAUGUCCCCAAGCAACGUCUUCCUGCAUCCAAAGACAAAACUCAGACUCAGGGAGAAAGCAAACCAAGACCCAGACCUCGGUACACAGACAAGGCUCGAAAAAAUGCAAAAAACAGGAAGGACAAGGCAGGAGGAGCAGAUAAGGCAGCACUUGCUGGAGGAGAUGGAGGAGAGCUACCAAACGACGUCGACAAGCCUGAGGCGAAGGAGGAGCGGUUACAAGAUGCGGAGGCGGGGGUUAACGGGUCCGUUUCAACUCAUGUAGAGGUGGAGGCUCAACUGGAAACGAUGUCUCUUGAGGAAGAAAAGGAGGAAGAGGAGAGCUGGGACACCUUGUUCAACGAUGAUGGAGACUGUUUGGAUCCACAUCUUCUUGAAGAGCUCGCUGUUAGGGAAGGUAAAAAGAAAGCGUCAAUCCAGGAGCCCAGAUUCGAUUACUACAACAUGGACGGAGACGACGACGAUGACAUUGACCUCAGGGAGGAUGAACUCGCUCACAUUGUGGAGAUCUACGACUUUCCUACAGACUUCAAGACAGAAGACCUCCUCAAGUUAUUUCAGUGCUACCAGAAGAGAGACUUUGAUAUUAAGUGGGUCGACGACACACACGCCCUGGGACUGUUCUCUAGUCCUGUAGCAGCCCGUGAAGCUCUACGAUCCAAACAUCCUCUGAUGAAGCUGCGUCCGCUCUCCAAAUCCUCCUCGGCCACCAAAGCAAAAGCCCGGAGCUGCUCAGAUUACCUCCUGCCUGCCAAAGAGAGACCUCAGACGAGUGCGGCGCUGGCUCGGAAGCUGGUGAUCGGUGCCCUCGGUGUAAAAAGUAACCUGACGAAGGAGCAGCGCGAAGCAGAGAGGAAGAAACUGCAGGAGGCCAGAGAACAGAAGCGUUUGGCAGCCAAACAGAGGGAAGAUGCUUGGGAGGGGAAGUGACUGGGAAUUGGUGUUUGUUUCUUUUUUCUUAUUUCCUCAUUCAGCAGAAGCUUAAA